AUGCAAGGCCCUCUGCUCAUUAAGUCUACCAUUCUUCCAUAUUCUUCUAGGCCAAACCACCGCUAUCCAUCGUCUCUGCUAGUGGACUAUCCACUGCUAGCGCAGAGAGGACAAGUGAGCUGGCAGCCUCCUACUGCCUACGUCCAACAAUAUGGGCGUGCGUGCCCAGUCCCCACUACUGCACUCGAUCAGCCCUUGGGCAUCAAUAGAGUGGAUUUCAAACCCACCAUGGAUGUCCCCGUGGUCACUCAAUAUUCUGCAUCAGCCACCUUUCCGCCGAAGGACCCAAGUCUGGUUCACACCCAUGCAUCAUAUUCAAACCAACCCAUUUCCGAGUUCAUCAGCAAUAAUUGCGGCAACUGGACACUCGCGUUGGAUGUCCCCAUCCCAGAAGACGUGGUCCACCCAACGCUCACGUCGCUCUCGUAUACAGUCAAAUAUAGCACAGCGAAUGAUCACUUAGCUUGCGUCGUUCGAUCCAAUAUUCUACUCGCCAACAUGGAAUCAGAGGAACCGAAAGAAGAGAUUAGCACGGAUGUAAACACCCAUCGCGAUGACAAGACUAGCGGGGGUGCUACCGCUGUGUGCCUUUCGUCCGUGCUAGGCAUCAAAGCUAAUGACUUGGAGAACCAGUGGAACCACUUCGUGGAUCGCCAACACAUUCCUCUCAAUGUUCACAUUGUCCAAAGCAGCCGUCUGUACUUGCAGGUCCACGUCUCGGAAUAUCCUACCGUAGCGAUACUGCGCUCUCUUUCAAUGGAUGUCUUUGCUACUUGGGUGGACGACCAGGAAGGGAGGAGUCUGCUUCAGAGACGUCAAGAAGCUGAGAAGGGGGUGGGCAGCGCUGCAGAUGAUAAAAUGCAGGCAAAGAUCAAAGAAGCGGUCCGCCGUCUUCCAAAGGAGCGCCAAUGUCCUCAAGGAUAUGCGUGGGUCCAAACUUCGACUGGUUUCAAGUGCACGGGGGGUGGACAUGAGAUUUCUUGGGAGGAAUUGGCCGCAUUGGGUGACUCAGAUGGCUCGAAUAGUCUAUCCUCAACGGCUGAUGAACUGGCCAAAGAAGCCGAGGCGAAGCAGCAUGCAGCUGAGACACGACUAGCGACAGAGGUGGGUAGCGCCGCGGAUGAUAAGAUGCAGGCAAAGAUCGCAGAAGCGGUCCGCCGCCUUCCCAAGGACCGCCAAUGUCCUCAAGGAUAUGCUUGGGUCCAAACUUCGACUGGUUUCAACUUGACUGCAGAAGGUGACUUGUAUACAAAAUGGGUUGGUUCUGCGGCAGAAAGUCGUGCAGCUCUCAUGUCCCCGUCGGUGUGCACAAGUUGGCAGUCAGCGUUUCAGCCGUCUGCGGCGCGCCAUGCGAUUAUCUCCGUGGCCAAGAAGGAAAAAAUGCAUCGCUAUAUAGACGCACUAGAUGGAAUGGAAACCAGAAAACCGGUUGAAAACCAUGCCUUUUCUCUUCCCACAAAGACUCUUGAAAUCAUCAUUGCCAUUAUCCUAGUUUCACUUUUCCUCAUCCGUUUCUGGACCACGUCUUCUUCAAAUUCCCGCCCACCCACGAAGAAUUCCCAACGUGACCACAUGGCCCUCCAAGUACUCCAAACAGUCCUCGUCUCAGGUUGCUCUCUCUGGACCGCGCGAUACGUCAAGGUCGUCAGGCAUGUCUCCAAUCAUCGUGCCGGAUCCAGGAUCAUUAUUCCUUUAAGCAUGCCCCUGCAGGACAUAUGUGAUGGUGUCAUUGAGCUUCAGCUUCGCGAUCCUCUAUACGAUCUCGAGGACCUGAUGGAUCAGGCGUCUGUGCAUAUCGCUGUUCCGUCAUUCUGAAUGUCGAGUGGAAGUGGUGCGUCUACAUAUUCUGGGUUUGUUACUGACGCGCGCGUUGAACGAUUAUUCGUCAGUUACAUGGAGACGUCUCAGGUGAGUAUAUGCGCUCUUGUCGUUUCAGGAACAUUUUACUCCUACGCAUAUAUGCUCGUGUUUGAAUGUAUUUAAUAUCUGAAGAGCUACGACGGCGUUGAUUCUUCGAAUUUCACAGUCACUAACGCACAACAUAAGAACGGACUGAUUCACCCACUCGCAACAGCACCUCCGAAGACCAUGUGACCAUCAUCGACCUCAACAGCCACUCGCUCAUGCACUUGACUACCCAGCUUCUCCAAGGUUCCCAUACCGCUUUGGAAUUCACC